AUGAAAUUCAAUGACUUCAUUUCAGAAUACAUCGACAUCAUGAAUGGCAUAGGACAAGGCGACCCUAUAUCAAUGCUCUUAUACGUAAUCUACAACGCAGACCUGCUGGAAGCUCUACAUAGGUUGGACGAAGAUGCCAUCGGCUAUGUGGACGACGCCCUAGUGAUCUUGACAGCGAAAACUUUCAAGGAGAUGACCUGA